CACAUGGCGACGAUGCUGCUUCUGUAGUUUACCCAGGAGAGUUGAGUCGGACCAUGCGCUGGUCAAAGGCUCAAGCAUUUGCGCUUUUGACGCUUGCAGCUCAAGAAGCGACUUGGCACUGCCCUCGGUAGUAUUGGACCCUGUACGCCCUUGUACAGACUCAAACCCAACGCAAUUAUGCCUCGUCGAAUGAAGUACUCACCGCACCUUGUGACGAUCUCCGAGACUGCCACCAUGAGCAAGGAAAAGGAGUCCCCCAUUGCAGAAAUUGAGGAGAUUGUCGCCUCUACUCGCUCCAAAGAUGCGAGGAUUGAGCGAUCACACUCGGCGCCUCCUGAAGCGGAGGCGACAGACCGACACAUGCCUUCCACAGCCUCGAAGCGCGGUCGCUCACAGUCUGCCAAGUGUUUAUCGCUCCACGGUCUGAAUAAACCAGAGACGGAGACUCGUGCUACGUCUCCUACGGCCAAAGAUAAGCCUACAUCUCCCAAGAAGAGCAACAAGUACGGGCGGUCGAUCCUUCAUAAUGCCGUUCGGAAAGGAGACAAGCAGGCGAUCAAGAAGAUCCUUGAAACGGAGCCCGAACUGCUGUACCAGGCUGACAGUCGAGGCAACCACCCGCUGCAUUAUGCUGCUAGUCCCAAUGUCCCCGAUGGAUUUACUAUUUCCUAUAUGUUGCUGAAGGCUGGAGCGUCGGUGAAUGCCUUAAACGACCGACACCAGACGCCGCUAUUGAUCUCUGUCAUCUCGAACGACGAUGACGACGAUAAGGUGGCGAGGAUCCUACUCUUCCACCACGCUAAACCAAUGAUCAAGGUCACGGAUGAUCUCAUGCUGGCACAAUACGCCUCCUCUCGGGGAUUGCACAAGAUUGCUGCGGCCAUCCGCGAGUACAUGUGAUUACAUGUUAUAGUCAUCCGGAUGCUGUGAGGUGAAGCAGCUACGAUGGGAUAGUUAGCUCAAUGUUUCGUGCAGUAGUGAAGUGUACUUUAUUGGUGAAACUGUAAAUUAUAAAUGAGAGUAUAAACGCCCUCCUCGAUUGAAGAGUGGAGCGGACAACUUACCAACCAC